AAGAUUGUUGAGGUAAACGUAUUAGGUCACUUCAUCCGGAUCUUCAACUCUUCUCCUCAUCAAUGCGUGGACAUGAGUGGUUUCAUUUUAUGGCAGCUUGAGGGAAACUACCCUGUCUCCAUAUACCGGUUUCCGUUCAAUGUAUUUCUCCCUGCUCAACAGCACAUUACGGUUUGGGCUUCUGCAGCAAAGGUUUCCCACAACCCCCCAACUGACUUGGUAUGGAAAGGACGGGUAUAUUUCAGAAGCAACCCACAAUGUGUUACAGUUCUAUCGCGCCCAAAUGGCCAGCCUGUAGCUUCAUACACAGCUGUUGAAAUAUUUUCUCCAUCCACUGCAAACAACCGGUAUACGGCUACAUGCCAGAGCCCUAUACCCCUCUAUGACACUAAGGUCUCAGAGACAGCACCCCCCAGGACCCAAUGCAUGUCAACCAUUCUAGAUCUAAGCUGUAAGAGACUACCAACUGUGCCUUACCACCCAGGAGUCAAACAGAGAUCCCCACCGACCCCAAGAACACCUCCAGGUUGGACACAUCUACGUUCCCGAUCAACAUUUGUUACCUGCUACCCAUCUAGGCUGAAUACAAACAGUCCAUUUGUGAGACUUGUGGCGCAGACAUCCGUUCGGUCGAAGCACGGCUUUAAAUUUCUCAGUCAUGUUCCUUUCACGUGUGAUCUCUUUUGACGGUACCUGCUGAGUGACAUCUGCCAUCCU